UCUCCUUCAACAUCAGCAACCUCUACAUCAUUGUCCUCAUCAUUACCAUCAUCAGCAAUCUCACAGCCUUCAUCACCAUCCCUACCUUCUUCAGCAACACCGUUAUCAUCAACAUCUUUACUACUAUCACCUACACAAAACUCAUCAUCUUCAACAUCCUCAGCAGCAACUUCAUCAGUCCCACUACUGUCAUCAUCAUCUUCUGCAACAUUAUCAUCUAGAGCUUCUUCAUCACCAACAUUACAAUCACCUUUAUCAUCAACACCACCAUCUUCAAUACUAUCAACUUCUCUAUCUUCAUCAUCCUCAUCAGUCCCACUAUCAUCAUCAACCCAAUCAAAACAUCCUUCAACAUCAGCAACCUCUACAUCAUUGUCCUCAUCAUUACCAUCAUCAGCAAAUUCACAGCGCUCAUCGUCAUCUCCACCAUCUUCACCACCAACAUUAACAUCAUCAUUAUCAACAAUAACAUCUUCAAUACUAUUAUUUACAACAUCAUCUGCACCAUCUUCAUCAGUCUCACCAUCAUCAUCAUCUACACCAUCUUCACCAGUUCCACUAUUGUCAUCAUCUUCACCCCCUGCAUCUUCUUCAACAUUAUCAUCUACACCAUCUUCAAUCUACACCGCCGUCACCAUCAUCUUCAGCACCACUUUCAUUGCCAUCAUCAUCAACCCUUCCAGCACAACAUCAGCAACCUCUACAUCAUUGUCCUCAUCAUUACCAUCAUCAGCAAUCUCACAGCCUUCAUCACCAUCCCUACCUUCUUCAGCAACACCGUUAUCAUCAACAUCUUUACUACUAUCACCUACACAAAACUCAUCAUCUUCAACAUCCUCAGCAGCAACUUCAUCAGUCCCACUACUGUCAUCAUCAUCUUCUGCAACAUUAUCAUCUAGAGCUUCUUCAUCACCAACAUUACAAUCACCUUUAUCAUCAACACCACCAUCUUCAAUACUAUCAACUUCUCUAUCUUCAUCAUCCUCAUCAGUCCCACUAUCAUCAUCAACCCAAUCAAAACAGCCCUCAUCAUCAGGAACCUUUACAUCAUUGUCUUCAUCAUUACCAUCAUCAGCAAAUUCACAGCGCUCAUCAUCAUCUCCACCCUCUUCACCACCAACAUUAACAUU